UCAUUUUUUUUUAUUUUUAUUUUAACUUUUUUCUUAAUUUUAUUGUAGUGAUAAUGUGCGAAAAAUCAUAUGCUAAAGAGCUGCCUUUUUCACAAAUUUAGUAAUCACAUAUGAGUGAAAAGGUUUGAGAAAAUGUAAGACAAACCAUCACAAGUAUGGCAACAUGUCUCCUUCUUUAUCAUACUUUUAUCCUGAAUCAAUUACAGAAUGUCAAAGAUUUUGUGUUUAUUUAAGAAAACUUAAUUUUCUUAAUCUAAUGGAGACAAAAACAGAUUUUAAAAGUCUAGGUGGAGAGAGUAAAUUGAGUGACCAGUUGAAAAAUUUUAGUAAUUUGGCAAAAAAGGCACGACAAGAAUAUAUUAUUGAAAAACUUAGCCAAAAUGUAAUUAAUAUUCAAAAUAAUGAUGACUGGUAUUUCGGGUGGAGUAUUCUAGGAGCUUUGCAUCAUGUAAAAGUUCAUACAGAGAGAAAUCCACAUCGGCUAUAUAGAGGUUUCAUGGAGGAAGUUAAUAUGGAAGACAUCCCAAUUCCAAUACCGGUCUCAAUACCAGUUUAUAAAAAGUUCGAAGAAAAUAAUUCUGAAAUCAGUCUAUAUGUCUAUGAAUGGCACAAUCAGAAUGAAUGUCUUGAAUUUCGCUAUGUUUCAGAAAGAAGAGGAGAUGAAUAUAAGCAAGAUCUUGAAAUGUUGACUGAAAAACUAAUUUCAAAAAAGAAAAUGAAGGGUCCAGAUGCGCUUGAAAGAUUUGUUACAAAAAUCGAGAAGGAGCUGGCAAACAUACAGAAGGAUUUAUCUGUGCCUGCAGAAAUGAUAAUGGCACUAAGAGAUCUUAAAGUAUACAAUGAGGUGACAGAAUGCUGGAUUUGCAAGGGACCUUUUUUAAAACCAGCACCAGAGAUAGUACAAAAACUUAAAGAAGCAAAGCAUAAUUUAUUAGAAAUCAAAGAAUAG